GGGACGUGAGAUUGGGGUGGAAUCUGAAGCGGAGUCGAAUAACCUGGGUUCCGUCCCUCGUCCCAGGAUUGGUUUUAAAGAGGUUCUGAACCUCGAGUGGACCAAGGAUAUCCUUGAGCAGAAGCAACAAGAAAGCACAGGUGAAGAGGUGGAAGGGAGACCGGGCUACAAAAAUGGCGAAAAGUUGGGCUCGACCCAAUUGGGGAAGGACCGGGAACUUGACGAGAGUCCAAAGUCCUCCAGAGAAGAACUUGGUCAGGAAGAGAGCGAUGACAGCCUGAGCUCCGAGACUGUGCCUGCCACAGCCAGUAAAGAAUUGGGCAAAGGCGACUAUUGUGUCUUCUGUACAGUGCCCGAGACCCCAGACCAGGUCAAGAGUUGUCAGUCCUCUGGCCCCGGGAAUGCUCAAAAGGACGCUGGUCUUCCUGUAGGGCUAUAUGUCGACACUUGUUGGGUGCCCAGAAGCUCCCACAGGGAGGAAUUGAGACUCUAUCUUUCUCGUGGAUUUCCUUCCCUGGCUUCCACCCCUGCCACCCCUAUACACAAUGUCCAGCACUUUUGGGAUCAACAUUUGAGCACCCGUAAUAGGUGAGCUCGAAAAGGGUCGGAGGGCGCAAAGGAGGAAAACCCUCCCCAAAGCAGAGACCAUGGGGGGAAAGGGUUACCUAGAAAGAGGUGGCAAAGGGUAAACAGCUAAAAAAAAAAAAGAUUCUCCCAACUUUUCUCCCAGUUCUGCACCGGACAGAACAUCUGCCUCAGGUUUUUUCAGGGGCCCAGAACGCUAUGGCCAAGUCUGAAUCUGAAUCGUAAUGUUGCUUUCCUGAUGGGUAGCAAAAAGCUACAGCAGUUGUUAAGGUCACAGGAACAGCUGGAGAAAAAGGUGCAGAAAGAGCUGGUGAUAAAGGCACAGGUAGAGCAGGAAAUGAUCCAGCUGAAUGGGGAACUGAUGCAAACACGAGCACGGAGGAAGCAGCUCGUAGAUGAUCACUUCCACAUGCAAGCUGAAAUCCAACCAUUCUUAGGUGACCAACCUGUCCUGAUGGGAUAUGUACCUGACCCAACCAAUAAAAAACAGGUAGCACCAAUUAAGGUAUGGGAUCAACAGACACAACAGUUGGAGCAGAUGCAGUGGCGAAGGCAGGCGCUGAUCUCCAGUUAUGAGUCCCAUACAUCAUCACUCCGGGAGGAGCUGCUGAGACAAGAGGAGAUUCAAGCCCAACUGAAGAAGAAGAUUCAAGCAUUAAAUGCUAGGAAGACAGUGCAGAUUACCCAGGAGGAGCAUAUCAAAACACUGAAAAUGGAAAAGCCAAGAGUCCAGAAGGAAGCAGAAGCACACCUGCGUAGUGCACAAAAUGAUCUGGUUAAAGAAUGGAGAGCACUGAAGCAUCAGCUGUCCGAUGUAGAGCUUUUGCUGGGGAAAAGUAUGAUGGGAAAGCACAACCACGUCCUAGAACAUGCAGCAGAGAAAUCUGUCCUUAAUUUCACCUGGCAACUGCAAAAUGAGAAUGAACAAUUGCAUAAGGAAAUGGUGCAGCUCAUUCAAGAAGCCCAACAGCUAGAGGCCCAGCGGGCUAGGCUUCGAAAGCAGAGGCAGCGACUGAAGCUAGAGCAGUGCUGCCUGGAGAGCAUCAAAGAAGGGAGGCAGCGUAAACUGCUACGAGCUAUUCCCUGCCAGAAAGGACAAAGCAGUCCAAAGACCACACUGGCCCCUCUCCCAGGUACCGAGCCAAGGAUGAAUUCAUCCUAAUUAGUGAGGUUAUUCAUUAUAUACGCCCAUAUACGCAGAUUUUGUUAGUUGCUAUACAAAGCAACUUAAGUGAUCCCUGCCCUCUAGGAUCUUGUAAUUUAAAAUGAAAAAAAAAUGAAUAUAAAAUAGCAGGCUCUCAGACCGUAGAAAGAGGGAUGAAACACAAACGUAGCAAAAUUUAUAUUUAAAAACGCUUUUUUGGUAAAAAUCUUUGUUGAAAAUGACUUAUGAUAAUAGCUUAUUGAAAGUGUUAAAAGGGAGAGUUAAGGUCACUUAGCACUUCCUCUGUAGUACGGUUUAAUAUUUUCCUGGAGUUAUCUAUACCUCUCUCACUCACCUCAUCCUCUGCUGAUAAAACAGAAUCCAUCUCAACAUCUUCCAGCAUCUCAACACUUAACUGACCAGGCUUCUCUGGCUGCUUACCAGACACUCCCUACAGUGGACCAGAAGAAGAGCAAGUCAAGCUAUGGAUGUUUGUUUUCUUUUGGACUCAGUGUUAUCUUUCUUCCAAGGAUAAACAUCUCUCUUUUUGAUAGCAACCAUUUAACUUGACUCUACGGUACUAGCAUAGACAUUCUAAAAUCUCAGGUUAGCAAAUACAGGUAGGUCCCACCUGUUAUUUUUAAUUUUGUUGCCUUGGUCUUUACACCCAUUUGUUUGAACCAUUCCAACACAAACUGGGAAGUACAGGCCUCAGUCAAAAUGCUGUUAGCAAAUCUGAGACUUAGGGGUAGAGGAAAGGGGUGUUAAACUUGUGUGCCAAAAAAGUGGUAAUUGCCUUUUUGCUUUUGGUUGUUUUGGUAUUCCAAUGGAGCAUGAAAUACUCUUGUAAAUAUGUCAAGGGGUCCUUGUGGUAGUGAAAGACAAGAAAGUGAGGACGUAACAGAAUUCCCUAUUUCCUGGUAGCAUUGUUAUGAUUUGAUACUAAGUAGCUUAUGUUUAGCUUGGAAUUUAACUGAGAAUGGUAGAAGGUGAAAAGAUAUUAUAAUUUAAGGAUUAGUUUUUUUUUUUUAACAGAGCUUUGCAGUGGAAGAAAUAAUUAUCAUCAUUGUAGCACUCUAGUCAAAUGGAAUGAUUUAGGAUACCUAUUCUACAGGGAUAUUUGAACGAAAAAGAAGCUGCUUUAGUUCAGAUUUCCCUUGGGCAACUUUUGAAAGAGAAAAGCACCAUCCAAAUCAUCCCUGACUCUCCAAACUUCUGAAUUCCACGGUUAUAGUAAAUUUUAGCCCAAUUUAUUGGUAUAGAAUUAUGCUUUCUCAUGUCAUAUGUACAUUUAUAGUGUAUUGGGACCCUUAUCUAGAUAUGUCUUAGAAUACAUUCCCAUUUUUUAGGACUAGGAGCAUAGUUUUACUGUUUCACAUUAUUGUGGUUUUAUGGUAGUUAUCUUUGUUCAUAACAUUUUCAGUAAUAUGUAUUUAUUGGUAUAGAAUAUUUUCACAUUAUAUGUACAUUUAUAGUGUAUUGGGACUCUCAUCUAGAUAUAUCUUAGAACACAUUCCCAUUUUUUUAGGAUUAGGAGCAUAAUUUUACAGAUUAUUGUAGUUCUACAGUAAUCUUUGCUCAUAACUUUCAGUCAUAUGUAUUUAUUGGUAUAGAAUAUUUUCACAUGUCAUAUGUACUUUAAUAGUGUAUUGGGACCUUCAUCUAGAUAUGUGUUAGAAUACAUUCCCAUUUUUUAGGACUAGGAGCAUAGUUUUACUGUUUCACAUUAUUGUGGUUUUAUGGUAGUUAUCUUUGUUCAUAACAUUUUCAGUCAUAUAUAUUUAUUGGCAUAGAAUUAUAUUUUCACAUGUCAUAUGUACAUUUAUGGUAUAUUGCAGCCCUCAACUAGAUAUAUUUUAGAACUCAUUUUCAUUUUUUCAGGAGUAGAAGCAUAGUUUUACCAUUUCAAACUAUUGUGGUUUUAUAGUAAUCUUUGCUCAUAACAUUUUCAGGCAUAUGUAUUUAUCGGUGUAGAAUAUUUUUACAUGUCAUAUGUACAUUAAUAGUGUAUCGGGGCCAUCAUCUAGACAUAUCUUAGAACAUAUUCCCAUUUUUUUAAGAUUAGGAGCAUAAUUUUACAGAAUAUUGUGGUUUUACAGUAAUCUUUGCUCAUAACUUUUUUCAGUCAUAUGUAUUGGUAUACAAUUAUAUUUUCAUGUCAUAUGUAUAUUUAUAGUGUAUCAGGACCCUCAUCUAGAUGUUUUAGACUCCCAUUUUUGGGGACUAAAAGCAUAGUUUUACUAAUUCAGAUUAUUGUAGUUUUAUGGUAGUUAUCUUUGUUCAUAACAUUUUCAGUCAUAUGUAUUUAUUGGCAUAUUUGUAUUUUCCCAUGCCCAUGUCAUAUGCAUAUUUAUAGUGCAUUGGGGCCCUCAACUAGAUGUUUUAGAAUAUAUUCCCAUUUUUUUAGGACUAGGAGCAUAGUUUUACUGUUUCAGAUUAUUGUGGUUUUAUAGUAAUCUUUGUUCAUAACAUCUUCAGUCUCAUAUAUGGUAUACUGGUUGGCUUGCUUAGGAUCAGAAUUGUCAAGUUCUAACAUUUUUCAAAGGAGAAAGUGAAAUCCUUUUUAUGAUAUGGUUUUCAGGAACUCAUUGCCAAGAAAGAAAUAGGUAUCAAAAGCUCAGUGGUUCAGAUGCUAUAUAUAUACACACAUAUAUAUAUAUAUAUAUGUGCAAUUCGUAUUGAAUAAAUUGUUUAAAUGUUUAUCUUCUGAAUUUUGGGAGUCUUCUUUAUGAAUAAGGAGAAUCUAGUGUAAAAUAAGGAUCAAGAAAUUAAAGAUUUCUUCACUGUGAUAUCAA